AUGGCAACCCCGUCCCCGCUCAAGUCCGUGACGGCGCACUCGUGGGAGACUGAACCCGAGGGCGCGCUGGAGGGAAUCGUUCUCGAGGAUGAUGCGAUCUUCGACCCCGUGAAGGCCGUCAAGGGCAAGGUUUCGAAGCUCGUGCCGGAGGAAGGCGCGCACAAGCCCACGCACUGCCUUGCGCGCCUGCGCUUCCACCCCAACACGGAGAAGCAGCUCAACAACAUGAUCAAUGUGGAGUACGCCAUGUCGUACACCUUCCACAGCAUGAGCAACUACUAUGCUCGUGACUGCGUGGGCCUUCCGGGGCUUGCAACGCUUUUCAUGAAGCGCAGCAACGAGACCAGGAAGAACGCUAUCGAGCUCGCUGCCUAUGUCUCCAAGCGUGGAGGGUGUGUGGUGCUGAAGCCCAUUGCUGCACCUGAGGGCGAGUAUGGCGAUCCUCAGAAGGGAGACGCUCUUAGCGGCAUGGAGUUGACCCUGGCUAUGGAGAAGGCAGAGACUGACAAGUUCCUCUCGCUGAACAAGGCUGCGGAGGAUGUGGUGGAUGAGCAGCUUUCAGACUUCCUCACAGACAACUUUAUUGACAAGCAGGUGGAGCUUCUCAAGCUCCAUUCAAUCUAUGUGUCGCAGCUUCGCCGCGUCCGCACUGGUCAUGGCCAGUGGCACUGGGACAAGACGCUGGCAGAAGAGCUUGGGUCCUCUGCCGUCGAGACGGGGGGUAAGGCGAGCACAAUAACGCGGAUAUCUCCUGUGUUCGGCGGGUGUAUCAAUAACGCGUCCAGAUACGACACGGACGUGGGGUCGUUCUUCGUUAAGACCAACAGCUCCGCGGGCCCGGCAAUGUUUGAGGCGGAGGUGGCGGGGCUGCAGGCGAUGGUGGAGGCGGGGGCCAUCCGCGUGCCACGCCCCUUCACUGCAGGCGCCAUGCCGCGCCGCGGGUCGUAUGUGGUCAUGGAGUUCAUUGAAUUCGGCCAGUUUAAAACGCAGGCAGAGCUAGGGCGGCAACUAGCUCUCAUGCACCUGCAGGGAUUGUCGCCAAAUGGACAGUUUGGUUUCCAUUGUGACAACACCAUUGGCAGCACGCCACAGCCCAACAAGUGGGAGAGCGACUGGGUGACAUUCUUCAGAGAGCAUCGGCUCGGCCACCAGCUGAAGCUCAUUCGCAAGCAGUUUGCCGAUAAUGCUCUCGUUGCCAGUGGGGAGAAACUGCUGGAGAAGCUUCCUGAGUUGCUUGGUGGAGUGGAGGUAAAGCCAAGCCUCUUGCAUGGGGACCUCUGGAGCGGAAAUAUUGCUGCGGAUAAGGAGGGAAACCCAGUCAUCCUCGACCCGGCUACAUACUAUGGGCACAGUGAAGCUGAGUUCGGAAUGUCAUGGUGUGCCAGUUUCGGCGGUUCUUUCUGGUCAGCGUAUUUUGAGGUUCUUCCAAAGCAACCUGGCUUUGAAGAAAGGGUGGAGAUUUACAAGCUGUACCACUACCUCAAUCAUUAUAACCUCUUCGGAUCAUCAUAUCGCUCGUCGUGCAUGUCUAUCAUCAAUCGGUUCAUCUGA